CCUCCCCCAUUCCCUCCCACCUCCGGUGCCCCAGGCGGCUUCCCGCCGCCGCAUCUCCCAAACAUGCCCCCAGGCCAAGGAUUUCCGCCCCCGCCACCAGGCGCCAUGCCUCCCAACUUCCAGACGCCGCCCCCAGGCGCCCCAGGUUUUCCCCCGAUCCCUCCCCCAGGCCACGGAUUCAGCCCCAGCCCGGGGCCCGGCAAUUUCCCGCCCCCUGGUUCUGAAGGUUUCCCCCCUCCGCCGGGUGCUGGCGGGUUUUCAGGGCCGCCGCCGGGGAUGGGUGAUCACCGGUGAUAUCUUCACGGUUGGUCGGUUCUUAUGAUUCGGGUUUCCUUUUUAAGUAUGGAUGUGUGUCCGCUAGACUUGCAUUGGUGCAGUUUCUUUCUUUCUUUUUUUUUUCUAACUUUCUCAUGUUGUGUAAUGUUAUGUUUUCUCAAUAGCGUGGUCGUGUAAUCGAUAUCUAUGGAUUGACAUAUUUUGACAAAAGUCUCAUGUGAUACUGCGUGUUGGAUGGUGG